AGUGACGUCAAUGUGUCAAUUUUUUUCUGUCAAAGUGUUUACAUUUUCCUCAAUGUUUUGACCCGAGAUUUUUCCAAUUUUCUCCCUGAUCGAGAGUACAAAACCACGUGAAAAAUGCAGAGAAUGGAGCCACGGAUAAUGGUGUUUAUGCCAAAUUGGGAGGAAUUCAAAGAUUUCCCAAAAUAUAUUGAAUAUAUGGAGUCAAAAGGUGCUCACAAAGCAGGUUUGGCUAAGAUAAUACCACCCCCUGAAUGGGUACCUAGAAAGGAUGGCUACAACUUGGAUGACAUUAAUAUUACCAUUCCCACUCCUAUCACCCAGGAAGUUAAGGGAAUGCAGGGACUCUACCAGCAAUUUAAUCUUCAGAAACGCCAAAUGACCGUAAAGCAAUUUCAUCAAUUGGCAGAGUCAGAGCGCUACAUGACGCCCAAGUAUUUUGACUAUGCUGAUCUAGAGAGGAAAUACUGGAAGAAUGUCACAUAUAUUGCCCCAAUUUAUGGAGCAGAUGUCAGUGGAUCCCUUACAGAUCCGGACGUCAAAGAAUGGAACAUCAACAGUCUAGGCACGAUACUUGACUACGUGAACAAAGACUAUGGGAUCUCAAUAUCGGGUGUUAAUACAGCUUACCUGUACUUUGGCAUGUGGAAGACAUCAUUCGCUUGGCACACAGAGGACAUGGAUCUCUAUUCAAUUAAUUAUUUACAUUUUGGGGCACCCAAAACAUGGUAUGCGAUACCACCCAAAUACGGUAGAAGGCUCGAAAAGUUGGCCAAUACCACCUUUGCCGACAACUACAAGGCUUGCCCUGCUUUCCUACGACACAAAAUGACUCUUAUCAGUCCUCAAGUUCUACGUCAGAACAAGAUUCCCUUCAACAAAAUUACCCAAGAACCAGGAGAGUUUAUGGUCACCUUCCCCUUUGGCUAUCAUGCUGGCUUCAAUCACGGUUUCAAUUGCGCCGAGUCUACGAAUUUUGCCUCACCCAGAUGGGUGGAAUAUGGGAAAAGAGCUUCCCAAUGUUAUUGCCGAAGUGACAUGGUUAAGAUCUCCAUGGAGACUUUCGUGAAGCGCUUCCAACCCGAAAGAUAUGAAAAAUGGCUCAAUGGAAUGGACAUUGGUUGCCAUCCUGAGGAUCCAGAUAAAAUAUGUGCAGCCCCACCGCCUAGCUUGAAUGCCUACAGGUGUCUGGAGGAAUCUGAAGAACCAUCCAAUCAAGAGAAUGAGGAAGAGAUAUUGGCAGUAGAGGAAAUCGUGGAGAAUGAUGCAGAAGAAGAAGAUGAAGAGAUCAAGAGAGAAAGGGAGAUAAAGAGAUGUUGGGAGAAUUUGGACAAACCCCGUGGUCAGGCGAUAAAUCUCCUGCCAAAUGGUGUCCGGGAAAAUACGAAGAAAAUGCGUUUUCACACAAAGCUCAUCAUUUUGGAGGAUUAGUGUAACUUCUCUGAAAAGUGCAUAUAUAUAUGGAUGUGACAGUGCACCUGGGCAAGAUGCUCCAGGGGUGAUUAUUUUAUGUUUUGAAGGCAAUUCUCUGCGAGAACUGCGAGGAAAUAGAAAAGUUGUGAGGAGAUUAUCACUGUUUUUGAGUGACCGACGCGUAGAGAAUAAAUGUGUAGUGGCAAUUAUAUCGACAAGACUGAAAGAGGGUCUUUUCACUCACCAUGCGAAGAGUAUUUCAUUGUAAAUUAUUUUAAAGUUUUGUGCUUAUUUUAAUAAAUACAUUUAUCAAUCACCA